GGUAAGGAUGAAAUUGGAAGGAAUUUUAACUCUUGGGGCCAAUUUGCAAGAAGUGGAUAGUUGAAGGGAAACCAAAAUCUUCAAAUCAGCACCUUAGCUAUCUAGUUGAGCCGUAUGCCAUCUCCCUAAGAAUAGAAUUGGAAAUUCCAAGCUCAAGCCUUCGAACAUCAUGUGUAUUCCUUCUAUGACCAACGGAAUUUCAGCCUUGAUCGAAUUUAAUUGUGUAGCCGUUGGGGAUUAACUUCCCAAAUUUGAAGGCCUAAGAAUCGACCCUAUUCGUCCUUUAUAAACGCACCAGCACCGCAGCAGGAAGGGGGGAGAACAAAGGUGAAAACAGGGGAGAAAGAGAGAGGAAUUCAGCCGCUUAUUCAUCGAUAUCUCCGGUUUUUCAUUCUCUAUUGAUUAGUUAGUUUAAUUUCAGAAUUUCUAGUUUUUGUAUUUCAAUUUCAGAACUUUGCAUUCUUCCUUUUAGGGAAAGUAAAAUGGAAGAAAAAUCACUUUUCAAUAGCAUAAACAUGAAAGUGAAAGUUCUGAAAUUGAAAUACAAAAACUAGAAAUUCUGAAAUUAAACUAACUAAUCAAUAGAGAAUGAAAAAACCGGAGAUGAUCGAUGAAGAAGCGGCUGAAUUCCUCUCUCUUUCUCCCCUGUUUUCACCUCCGUUCUCCCCCCCUUCCUGCCGCGGCGCUGCUGCAUUUAUAAAGGACGACGAAUAGAGUCGAUUCUAAUAAUUUUAUUUAAUAAAUUUCCCUCAUAAUUUUUUUUAGUCAAAGUUAUACAUUGUUAAAUGUGAUAACUUGACUGUUACACUUAUUUAAGAAAGGAGACAGUAUGAUCUAAGUCUAAAAAUGCAUUUUUUUGUAAGGGAGGUUUACCUAAAUAGGUGUAGAUAAAAGGAUAAUUGCAACAAUAGGAGUUUAAAGUUUAAAUUCCCAAAAUAUGACUAAGGCUCCGUUCGGCACGCCAAUUCAGCUAUAAAAGAGCUGAAAUUUUGAAGGUUCAGUCAAUUUUAAUUAAAGUGCCUAUGUUUGGUUGAAAGGCUGAAACGGGCUUAACCUGAAAUAUAUGGGCUGAACCCUAACGUUUAGGCUCGCGACGUUUAUAUUCAGCCGCAUCCCUCCAGACUUCACGUUCCCAUCGUGUCCUUCAUCUCACGUAAAACCUCUCCUCUGAUUUCUUACCCAGCCGAUUGCCAAGGUAUGCAUUCUUUACUUCUCCCAAUUCCUUGUUGAUAACACCUAUUUCCUCCGUAAUCUCCAAGGUAUCAACUUUUAUGCUUUAUGAUUCUCUAUUUGUUAUAUGCUUUCGCUUCUCUACUGUAAAUUAAAAAAAAAUAUGAAUGAGGAGCUCACCUGAGUAGCUAUAAAGAAUGCCAUCUGUCAACGUUAAAAAAUAUUGGUAUGAAAAAAAAUCUGGUUUGAAUUUGUUUUUAGUAAUAGAAAUUCUGGAAUCUGGUUUGAAUUAUUAGUUACGUAGUAUAAUACUUACGUUGUUGUGAUUUUUGCUCUUUAUCCACUAUGUUAUUACUAUUAUGAUGAAAGGUAAAAGAUAGGAAAAUCAGAUUGAUGAAAAUUUAGCAACUUGCAAUAGCAAAUUAAAAGGGUGGUACUUGCUGAUAAAAAAAUGCAGAGUAAUAAAAUGAGUUGAGGUUAAAUUGAUCUUUCAUCAAGUUUCAAACGAGAUUAUUAAUCAAUCAACUUGUUGAGUUGUCAUUGUUGAUAAAAGUAAGCAUACGUUUUUUUAAAAAUAAAAAUCACUAACUACUCAAAUUUAUCCUGCAGUCUAAGGCCUAUAAGGAAGUACUAUUUUGAGCUCAGUAUGUGAACGUGUAGUUUACAGUUGUAUAUUGAUUAGAUGUGGUUUCACCAUUCUCAUAUUUGUUGUAUUAUAAGUUCUUUGAUUUCACACCGUUGUAAUGAAAAUAUUUAUUUUUUUCAUUUGCUAUAUUAUCGGUUGAGCCUUUCAGAUGUCAUCUAAGAAAGAUGAAGGGGGUUACUUUAUGUGGUCAGAUGAAACUGUUGCAAUUUUUAAUGAAAUAUGCAUCCAAUUCAUUCUUAAGAAUGGGAGGGGACAACAGUUUAGGUGGAAGGAGAUGCAAGCUUUAUUUGAGGAGAGAACGAAAAGGAAAUGUUCUUUUAAAUGUUUGAAAAAUAAGUUUGACUUUAUGAAAAAAGAUUGGCGAUUGUGGAAGUCACUGAAACGUGAUGAGACUGGAUUGGGUUGGAAUACGGCCAUUGGGACGUUGGAUUGUUCAGAUGAGUGGUGGAGUAAAAAAAUUAAGGAAAAGGCAGAAGUAAAGAAGUUCAAGAAUAAAGGAAUUCCAAAUAACAUUGAAGAGCAAUGGGAUCAAAUAUUUGGGGACUCUGUAGCAACUGGAGUAGAAUGUGUGGCUCCAACUGCUACAAUUGUGGAGAACAAUAAUCAAGAAAAUCAUCAAGUCACUGUCAACUUGGAGGAUAACCGUGAUCCUUAUGAGGUGUAUAAGAGUUACCAUGACGAACUAGAUCUGGGUAAUUUUUUUCAAGACUUUGUGCAAGAGGUUAGUGGAAAUGUUCCUUCUGUUGCUACAGUUACCACUAAUGAAGAUGUAAAGACCAGUGGCACUAGUAAGAAGUGCAAACUAAGGCAGUCUAUGGGAUCAGUGAAACUUAGUGAAAAUUUAGAGAGGGGGAAUACAUGUCUUCAAGCAAUUGUGCGUCUCUUGACAAAAAAAGAGAAGGUUGUUGAUGAUUGUGCAAGUGUUGGUGAUGUCAUGGAAAUUAUGACUAGAAUGGCUGAUAAUGGCGGGCUGGUGAGGAGUGGUGACUUAUGGUUUCACAACAUUUGUAUUCUGGAGAAUCCUACUAGAAGACAAUUCUUCAUAAAGUUUAAAGAUGACGAUGAAAGGCUCAACUGGUUGAAGUUUAUGCACGCAAAAGAAAUGUUUUAAAUACCAAGUCAUACACCUGAAGGUAGAUAUUACUUGGUGGAUAAAGGCUAUCCGGAUCGAAAAGGAUAUCUUGUUUCUUAUCCCAAGCUACGAUACCACUUAGAGCAAUUUGAAAAUGAAGCACCAACAAAUGCUCAAGAAGCUUUCAAUCGCUCACACUCAUCUCUUCGUAGUUGCAUAGAGCGUUCUUUUGGGGUUUUGAAAAAGAGGUGGGAGAUCUUAUCAAGAAUGCUUAUGUUUAGCAUUAAAACGCAGAUAGAUGUUAUUAUGGCAACAUUUGCUUUGCACAACUAUAUUCGAAAAUUCUCUAGUGAUGACAUGAUAUUUGAGGUUCUCGAGCGCCAUCCAGAUUUCAUACCACGUGAUGAUCUUGUUGACAUUCAUAACUCAACUUCAAGUGCCAUCAAUUCACAAACAGAAAGCUGUAGUGAGAUGAAGGAACUUCGCAACAAUAUAACAUCCUUGAUAUGGACUAACAGAAAUUAAAUAUUUUCGCUCCUUAUUAGUCAAUUAUGGUGAUGUUCAUGUUUACAUGUUUAUUUAUUACAACUAUUUCUAACUUAAAUGUUAAUUUUAUGGUUUUUUAUUUUGUAUGGUAUACACGAAUGUUGUAUUUUAGAAUUCAAUACAUGAAUGAGAUAAUCUUAUCAGGACGGAUGGAGUAUUAUAUUAUAUUAU